AUGGAAGAGCCGAGCGGAGGGGAGGCAGCCGGGGAGGCUGAAUCGCGGAUGGCCGUGGUGGAAGAAGCGGCAGGGGCAGCAGAAACCACCGGGGAAGAGGCAAGGGAAGCCCGGCCCGAGGUAGAGCCGGAGCCGGAGCCGGAGCCGGAGCCGGAGCCAGAGGACAACAACCGGUUCACAGAAGCCGCCUUGACGCCCGUACCGGCCGCCGGCAGCAGCCAGGAAAUCGCGAAAGAUCUUAAUUCAGACGAAGAUAACGAGAGUGAGGGCAGCGAGGACAGCAGCUGCAGUGACUAUGGGAGUCACGACAGGCCUGGAACAACUUUGCAGAGGCUUGUGUCAGAUGCGAAAGCUCUAAUUCCAGACACCUUCCAGACCCACAACCUCCUCUUCUAUGAGAGAUUCAAGACCUACCAGGACUAUAUGUUAGCUGACUGCAAAGCCUCAGAGGUGAAAGAAUUUACAGCGGAAUAUUUGGAAAAGGUCCUUGAACCUUCCGGAUGGCAGGCAAUCUGGCGCACUAAUGCGUUCGAAGUCUUAGUCGAGGUUGCUGAUGUGGACUACGCCUCCCUGAGAGCUGUGGUGCGCCUUUCCCAGCCUUUUCGGUGCAGGGUGCAAGAGGGAGGCUUCACCUCGGAGCAGGUGUGCGCGCUGUUGGAACUGAAGGAACACCAGCUGCCGCUGCAGGAAUUGUCGGUCGUGUUUGAUGACUCGGGAGAAUUCGACCAGACCGCCCUUGCAAUAGAACAUGUCAGGUUUUUCUAUAAGCACAUUUGGCGGAGCUGGGAUGAAGAAGAUGAUGACGACUUCGACUACUUUGUCCGAUGCGUGGAACCUCGUCUGCGUUUGUAUUACGACAUCACGGAAGACCGCGUCUCUCCCGCUCUGGUGUCCGACUAUCACAGCCGCCUCUCUCAGUGCGAGGAGCUCUACCGCAAGUUCCAAGUCUUGAGGAGCAGCCUCUCGGCCUGCGAUUCUGACUCGGAGAAAGACAACGUCUCUGUGGCGGAAGGGAUGAAACUCUACGACCAGAUCGAGCACCAGAAACAGAAGCUAAAAAUGAUUGAAAACCUCCUAUUCAGAUAUGUCUUUGGUUAUAAGAAGCACGCUGGGCUCAAGGCAAAAGGAAUCCGUUCCUCUAAUGCCAUCAUCACCCACGUUGUCUGUGCUACAAUCCAGUCAAGCUUCCUACAAUGUCUGUUCAGGGACAAACUUUCACCGGAACAUUUCAACGAAGAAAUUGAAAUCCAGUUCCACAACGAUCCACAGUCUGCUUUGAAUGCUUGCUACGAAGGAGACCGGGUUAUAAUUUGUCCUGGCCAUUAUCUUAUUGAAGGAGCAUUGCCUAUCGCUGAUUCUGUGGCACUAGAGGGCUAUGGGCUGCCGGAUGACAUCGUGAUAGAAAAGCAAGGGAAGUCUCAUGCUUUCGUUGAAUGUACCGGAAAGGAUGUGAAAAUCUCUAACCUGAAGCUCAUCCAACAUGAUGCGGAGAAAGGCAUUCUGAGUGUUCAUCAAGGAAGGACUACUCUGGAAAACUGUGUGUUGCAGUGUGAAACAACUGGAGUUGCCAUCCGGACAUCUGCCGAGUUAUUCAUGAAGAACUCUGACCUGUAUGGGGCGAAGGGUGCUGGGAUUGAAAUCUACCCUGGUAGCACCUGCAUUUUGAUUGGGAAUGGGCUACAUCAUUGUAAAGAAGGAAUCCUGAUCAAGAACUUUUUGGAUGAGCAUUUUGACGUUCCCAAGAUAACCAUGAAGAACAAUGUGAUACACAAUAAUGAAGGCUAUGGUGUGGUGCUGGUGAAACCCAAAGAGGCUAGUGAGGUCAUGCCAGAAAGCAUGUCAGAACAAACGAAAGAUGCUGAAGGCGCCACCGCUGAGAACCGUGAAGAUCCUCAUGAAAUGGAUUGUGGUGAAGUAGACCCUGAUGGAAGAGACAGCGACGACAAUGACGGAGAAGGCAACAUUCAGAUUUCAAAGGAGCUUUGGGCCACCUCGCUGAAGAAGAACCACCUGUGCCAAAAGAGACUGAGCCAGCUGGGGAUCCCAGAGGCAGGCAGCCAGAUGUCUCAGGAGAUGUUGGAGUCCAUCACGGGCAACCAGUUCAAGCGUAACGGGAAAGGGUGUUUUGGAACCUUCCUUUAUUGACUUUCCAAAUUGUACUAUCCAGCCAACAAGAAUAACCAGCACUGAUAAGCACUGAUG